AUGAGAGACUUUGCUUCUUGUUUCAAUGAAUAUGCUCUACAAGUUUCUGAUACUUCUUGUUCUAGUUACUCAAAUUCUGCUUGUAUCCCUCCUUCUUUGAUUCCUUCAGUACUGAACACUGUCAAUUGUGUGUACAAAGUCAAUUUGUCCAAUAAUAAAAAACAAGUGUUGAUGAUCACAAUUUCAUGGUCCAAAACAAAUGUAACACAAGGCCUAACUGUGCACUUUGGUGAUGAUCCUUCAAAUGUCUUCAAGCUCAAUACACAUUCACGUCUUUUUAGGAAGAAAAAGGGAAGCAAAUCAAUGGAUUUGGGUCAUUUUAAGGUUGAAAUUUUUUGGGAUUUGUGUGCAGCUAGGUACUUAACAGGCCCUGAGCCAAUUGAUGGAUACUAUGUACUAGUCACAAUUGAUUCACAACUUGGACUAGUACUUGGUGACAUGGCUGAAGAAGCAUCAUUAAGAAAGUUGAAAAAUGGAACUCCAAUGGCUAAGUUCUCAUUGGUUUCAAGACAAGAACAUUUUUCAGGCAACACCCUUUAUUCAACUAAGGCUCAAUUUUGUGACAGUGGCAAUAUUCACGAUGUUUUAAUCCGUUGUAGCGGCGAAAGUGAAGGUCUAAAGCAUCCUGUUAUGUCAGUUUAUAUUGAUAAGAAGAUGGUUACUAGAGUUAAAAGGUUGCAAUGGAACUUUAGGGGAAAUCAGAGUAUUUUUGUUGAUGGAUUGCUUGUUGAUCUAAUGUGGGAUGUUCAUGAUUGGUUCUUUAAUCCAGCUUCUGGUAUUGCACUAUUCAUGUUUAGGACAAGAAGUGGAAUGGAUAGUAGAUUGUGGCUAGAUGAUAAAGACAAAUUGCUGCUGAAAGAUCAAGAAAAAGUUGAAUUCUCAUUGUUGAUCUAUGCCUCUAAGAGCACAUAA